AUUGAAUAUUUCACCUGAUGAAGAAGGGAGAGAUGAAGUUUAAUCAAUGAAAACAAUGAUGGCAGGAGGAGUGGAGUGGAGUGGACAUCAACCGUCCCAUAAUUCAACAUUAUUACUAACAAAACCCCACCAAAAUUGGGGUUAGACCCCAUUAAUCAUGCUAUUAAAAAAAAAUUGUAGAACACAGCUCGUAGAGCACUAUAAAUUGGGGUCCCCUCAAUGACUCUACUGUCGAAUAAUUUGCUCACCCACUCAAAAUAGUUUGGAGAAGUAGUAGAAGAAGAAAGACAGACAGACAGACAGACGCGGAGAACAUCCAUCAAUGGCCACCAAAAUUUACAUUGUUUACUAUUCCACAUACGGACAUGUCUUGAGGCUGGCAGAGGAAAUUCAGAAAGGAGCUGCUUCUGUGGAGGGAGUGGAAGCCAAAUUAUGGCAGGUGCCUGAAACGUUACCGAAAGAGGUUCUCGACAAGAUGCAAGCACCAGCAAAGGGUGAAGCACCCAUCAUUACGCCAAACGAACUCGCUGAAGCUGAUGGUUUACUCUUUGGAUUCCCUACAAGAUUUGGGAUGAUGUGUGCUCAAUUCAAAGCUUUCAUGGAUGCAACUGGAGGUUUGUGGAGAGCACAAUCACUUUCAGGCAAGCCUGCAGGCAUUUUCUAUAGCACUGCUUCUCAAGGAGGUGGACAGGAGACUACUCCCUUAACAGCCAUUACUCAGCUGGUUCAUCAUGGAAUGCUGUUUGUUCCAAUUGGAUAUUCGUUCGGAGCUGGAAUGUUCGAGAUGGAGAACGUCAAGGGCGGGAGUCCCUACGGUGCUGGGACUUUAGCCGGUGAUGGCUCCAGACAGCCUUCUGAACUGGAACUGCAGCAAGCUUUCCACCAGGGAAAGUACUUUGCUGGCAUUGCAGAGAAGCUCAAGGGCAACUGAUUGUUUUCCAUCAUAUUAUCAUAUAAUUGUUCCCACCCUGCUAUACUUAUUUCUUCUCCCAGCCCUUAUAUGUAUAUAUAUAUAUUCUAUGUCCUGUUGAAUACCUAUGUUGUCUUUAAUUUGUGUAUCUAUUGAAGCUUACACAGCUACCAAACAUUAUUAUCUAUCAAAUUUAUCUGUUG